AUUUCCGGUGCUUGUCUGUGGUUGGCUGGGAGCAGCCUGUGCGGCAAUAACAACGACGGCAUCAUGGCGGGCAUCAAAGCUCUGAUUAGUCUGUCCUUUGGAGGAGCUGUUGGGCUCAUGUUCUUGAUGCUUGGCUGUGCCCUUCCACAGUACACCACAUAUUGGCCCCUGUUUGUUCUGUUCUUCUACAUCCUCUCUCCAAUUCCCUACUGCAUAGCAAGAAGAGUCGUUGAAGACACAGAUGCCACAAGCAACGCCUGCAAGGAACUUGCCAUAUUUCUGACAACGGGCAUUGUCGUCUCAGCGUUUGGGCUUCCAAUUGUGUUUGCCAGGGCACACCUGAUCAAGUGGGGUGCCUGUGCCCUCGUCCUCACGGGAAACACGGUCAUCUUUGCCACCAUCCUAGGGUUUUUCUUGGUUUUCGGCAGCAACGACGAUUUCAGCUGGCAGCAGUGGUGAAAAACACUACAGAAAACUAUUGGGCAUCUUGUGUCAUUCAGUGGCCAUCCAUCUAAGAGAGAGAAUGGGCAAUAAAGCAAAUGUACUGUUUCCAGAGAGGGACCCUAGGCGUAGGAUGCUGUCCAGUCACCUUUCCCCUCCUUUCACAUACAGUUUUAACCUUUUCUUUGAUUUCAAAUGUUUCAAAAUGUUGACGCCUUUUUAUUUCACUGUGGGAGCCAGAAUACUUAAAUGUGAUGUUUAAAUGUGUAUUUUUAAAAAUCACAAUGUGUUUAAAGAUACCAUAGACUUCUUUUU